UAGAUUAAGAGAAUAAUUAAUAUUCAAGGGAAGAAGUUAAGAAAAUAACUCACAACUUUAAUAAUCAACAAGCUUCAAGAGCAACACCAAGAAAAGGAAGUUUAGCUCCUCAUUUGGAGACUAAACAUGCUAUAAAAAUAUAAAAGAAAUACUAUUCUAAACUGAGCUUAAGAGUAUGGAAGAAGGGAUGAUGAAAGGUGAAGGAAAAUGAGGCUAUUUAUAGGUAUUCUCAACACCCUGGGGCAUUUACCCGACCGGGUCAAGUGCCCACCCGACCGGGUAAAUGUCAAAAUCAAAUAUUUCCCACGUUCUGGCGAUCUUCGGCAUGUUCUGGUGUUCCGGGUCACAUCUGACCCGACCGGGUCAAGUAGGGGACCCGACCGGGUCUAGCAAUUUCCUUGCUUCUUCGGUUGUUAAAUCUUACCCGACCGGGUGGGGAUUUCUACCUGGUCGGGUUUUGCCCUUGGGCAGUCAAAUUUCUUGUUUUAUUCUCUUCAAAGUCCUAUUUUCCAACACCAUAAAUCCUAAAUCUAUUUUACAACUUACAAAUGAAAAUUAAAAUACAAUUACAACUAAAAUCACACAAAUGUUUACAAACUAAAUAAAACGAUAAAUAAUACACACAAAUCAAACAUAAAAACAUACACUUAUGCACUACUAAUUAGUGCAUAUCAACCAUUCAACCGGUGAUCUCAUCUGUUGCCGUAUCUAAUUAGUGCAUAUCAACCAUUCAACCAUUCAACCUAGGAUAAAUAAUCCCUCACGUACGCCAGCUCUUCGCGUGGCCAUAUCAUCUCCUUGAAGACCACCCUCGCCCGCACUACGAAGGGGUCUCAAUCUAUUAUUGCUUACCUUGCCGAAAUGCAAGCAAUAGCCGAUGUUCUCGCCUUGGCUCAAAGCCCCAUUUCAGAGGAAGAACUUGUUAUUAACAUAUUAAAUGGGUUUUCUAAAAAAACAUAUUAAAUGGUCUCAGAUAUGAGUAUGUUGAACUCAUGUCUGUAAUUCGAGUCUGUUAGACAGCGUUGCCACUAGCACAACUUCAACAAAUCUUACUGGAGCGUCUCACCGAAAUAGCUGCAUCAAAUCAGGCCCUUUUCCAAGGUCUUCCUCAUAAUGGGGCUUUGAGCCAAGGCGAGAGCAUCGGCUAUCGCUUGCAUUUAAGCAAGGUAGGCAUUAAUAGAUCGAGACCCCUUUGUAGUGCGGGCGAGGGUGAUCUUCAAGGAGAUAUACGGCCACACGAAGAGCUGGCAUACGUGAGGGAUAAUUUAUCCCAGGCAUGGCGGGCAGUGGCAGCAGAGGAGAUCAUCGGUUGAAUGGUGUCGGAGCAACUUCCAAGGAGCACACUCAAAAUUGUUUUGUCUUGGCUGUACCAAAUUGUAUAGAACGGGUUGACCUGAGUUUUGCCUUCAUCAAGGAACAAAUCAGGAAUGGUGAUACUUUGGGCGGAAUGAACUUGACAUUUCCAGACCGGAGAGUUGGACGUGGUGAGCUUAAUCGGGAAGUGAGAUGUGGCAAUCAAAGAGAUGAUCGACAUGGCAGAGAGGAAUGCGGGAUUCGAAAAAUAGGCUUUUUAAAGAAUGGCUCUUGAUAUCAUAUAGAGAUGAAUAAAACACUUAUAUUGAAU